AUGCGAUCCUGUUUGUCUUCAUUAGAUCUUUUAAGCUCUUUAAUCUCCAAAUCCUUUUUUUUCAUUCUCAAUUCUUGUUGUUGUAAUAAUGCCACUAACCCGUUCAUAAUAUACAAAUGCGAUUGUUCUGAAUCCUUAUCACUAGAAUUCAUUAAUGGGUCGAUUACUGGAUUAACAUUGCCUCCACAACUUCUUGAUGCUCGUUCAUCAACUUUUUCAUUGGUACAUACAAUUUGGGAUAAAAGUAUCAAUAAGUAUUGCAUUGUUGGGGUAUCUUUAUUUUUUUUAUAUAAAGUUAAUUUAUUUUAA